AUGGGAUCCUGUCAAUUAUUGUCAAAUCUUUUGAAAUUAAAAAGCCUUCUAAUAACUCAUCAUAAUACAAUUGAUAUUUGUCAUGGGACAUGUAAUAAUAAUAAUAAUUUGAAUAUUGUUUAUCUUCGUUAUACAAUUGGUACAGUUAAAAAUUUACGAUCAUCAGUUUUUUCUUGUUUGAAAAAACUUGAAAAUCUUGAUAUAAGUAAUGGCAGCCUCGAAAUCAUUGAAAAUGGAGCAUUUAUUGGACUUGAGAAACUCAAAAGUUUAACAUUGUCAUCGAAUAAAUUGACACAUAUUGGUCGAAAUAUUUUUGAAAAAUUAAUAAACUUAAAUUCUCUUAUACUGAGAAAUAAUAAAAUUAACAAUAUUGAUGAUAAAACAUUUGAUAAACAAACAUUAUCAACUUUAGAUUUGAGUUACAAUGAGUUAAAAUUUAUAAGUAAAUAUACAUUUUAUGGUGUCAAAUGUAAAUGGUUGGAUUUAUCAAAUAAUAAAUUAACAUCUAUUGAACCUGGUUCAUUUAAAAAUAUAAAUCUUGACAGUCUGUAUGUAGGAAAUAACGAUAAACUCAUUGAAAAUUAUGAUGCUUGGAAUGUUGAUGAAUCUAAAAUACAAACUGAUUGUAUUAUUCAAGGUAUAUUAAUGAUUUGUACAAAAUUAAAUUCUUUAUCAUCAGUUCACGUUAUAAUACAUGAUUUUUCACCGGAUUUUUCAUUGCCAAGUAGCAAACUCGAAUUAUCUGGAAUAUCAUCAAUUGGUAGAAAUGCAUUCAAAAAUUCAAACGUCAAUGUCUAUUUUAGAAUAUUAGAAAUACAUUAUACUGGAAAUCAUGAAUUUAUUAUUUAUCCUGAAUCAUUUGAGAGUUUAAUGAACUUGGAAGAUUUGAUUCUGAAUGUUGGAGCAACAACAUUGACAAGCAAUUUAUUUGAUAAGCUAAAAUCACUCAAGUAUUUAAAAAUUCAAGUCAUAGAAACUAUUCAAUAUCUCAGUCAAGUAUUGAUAAAUCUUAAAAGUCUAAGAACCUUGGAAAUUAUUGGUAAUAAAACUGUUGGUAUUUGUCAAAAUGUAUAUUCCAAAAAUAUAUCAAAUUCAAUAGUAGAUAUUCGUUAUGUAAGUGGUGAAAUUAAUGAAUUACCAGAAAAUUCAUUUAUUUGUAUGCCUCAAAUUGAAAUUUAUCAUACAACAAAAUAA